GGCUUGCAGCGAACGCACUCCACUUUCUAUUGAGUAUAUUAAAAAAAAAAAAAAAAACUAGUUUGGUAUACCAUUGAUUUUACCUUGCUCAUUUUGGAAAGUUGAGAAACAUUUACGAAAAAUUACUUCCUGCUCAGUUUACAGAAAGACUCUCAGUCUAAAUUCGACUAGUGCCCAGCUGGCUCGCAAAAAUGGACUGGACUUGGUUUUCAACUACGCAAUAUCCGAUUAAAAUCACUGGAGCUGUUUUACUGAGUUAUUGCGUAAAGAAAUUUUUCUUCACUUCCAGCCAGUGGAGGUCUCCCUUUGCUGAGGAUUCAAGGACUCCUUUAACCCCGCUGGAAAUUGACCAAACUAAACGCGACGAAGUCUUAAAAAGAGCGUUUACUAAGCAGCUGGCCACUGAGAAGAAAUGGGACGCCAUAGUCAUAGGAUCUGGAAUAGGAGGAAUGUCGACUGCAGCGCUACUAAGCAAAGCCGGAAUGAAAGUGUUGGUUCUCGAAAAGCACUACAAAUGUGGCGGGGCCUGUCACACUUUCAAAGAGCAAGGCUACGAAUUCGACGUUGGAAUUCACUACGUGGGCAACUUCAUCCGCCCGACCCUGACUCGAACUCUUGUGGAACAAAUCACUGACGGGCAAAUCCAGUGGGCUCAACUUGAGAACGGCUUUGAUCGUGUGAUCAUGAACUCCACGUCUCCACAACGGCGCGAUUGUAGCGUUUCUUCCGGAAAGGACGCUUGGAAAAAUCAACUUCUGAAGGAGUUUCCCGGCGAAAGAAAAGCCAUCGAACAAUUUUUUGCGUUGAUGAAACGAGCCAACCAUCCACUUGGAUACUCGCUAGGGAUGUUUGUACUCAAAACAAUACCACUUUGGCUCGCCAAAGUGAUGUGCUUCUUGGGUUUGCCGUGUUUUAUAAGCGAUUACUUUGUAUUAAACAAACGCUCAAUCGAAGAAGUUGUCAGGAGUCUAACAGACAACAGAGAUCUUCAGUUCUUGCUUGUCUACAGCGCCGGAGGUUUCGGCGUGAAAUCUAAACGCGUAUCCGUUUCCAUGUCUGCUCUGCUGCAUGUCCACUGCUGUGAAUAUGGGUCUUGUUAUCCGGUCGGCGGAGCCUCGGAAAUCCCAUAUCGAAUCAUCCCGGUCAUAGAGCGAUCAGGUGGCCGAGUGCUCAUGAAGGCCCACGUAUCUCAGAUUCUAACCGAAAACGGACGGGUGACGGGAGUACGGGUCGGCCAAAAAAAACAGUCGGCUGUCGACUUAUACGCUCCCAUUGUCAUUUCUGAUGCAGGUCUUCAAAACACGUUUCAGGAUCUUCUUCCGGAAAAUGUCGCCAAAUUGUCACCCAGCUGGUCGCUAGCUAAUUCUCUUCCAGCUGCGUUGGGGAAUUUAACCGUUUUCAUUGGACUCAAAGGCACUCCUGAAGAACUGGGUCUCACAGCGCAAAAUGUCUGGAUCUUCACCAACUUCCAUCCAAUGGAUGAUGGAUUGAAGGAACCCGAUUCUGAGGCUGUUUUACAAAAUUAUUGCACGAAUCCUUAUCCGGCGAUUUUCAUUUCAUCCGCCUCCGCCAAAGAUCCUUCGUGGGAAAAAAGAUACCCCGACCGGAGUACCAUAUCGGUCGUGUCUUUCAUCCCUUACUCUUUUUUCGCCAAUUGGUCUCACCUGAAGGCAAAGAAACGAGGCGACGACUACAACGCCUUGAAAAAUGCCAUCGGACUGCAGAUUAUCGAUCAAGUGACUCGCCAGUAUCCUAAGAUAAAGAACGCGAUCGAUUAUUUCAGCGUUGCAACUCCGGUUACCAUUGAACACUACCUCAACACCAAAAAAGGCGGGACUUACGGAUUGGAACACGAUAUGGAACGUUUUGGCGCGGAAAUGUCAUCUGUGCUGCGUCCCGAAUCUGGCAUUGAAGGAUUAUUCUUUAGCGGCCAAGACGUGACAUCGUGUGGAUUCGCUUCUACCAUGCUCAGCGGCAUGCUAUGCGCCGGCGCUGUUUUAAAGAAGAAAUAUUCCAUCGCGUUAGACCUCCUUUCGUUACACACUAAGCUGUCGGGCAGGCCUGAAAACCUCGACAGUUUAUUUUUCUAAUAAUUUCGGAUCUUUAUUUUUAUCAUUCGAAACAAUUGACGAUAAUAGCUUACGAAAUUACAUAUUCUAACAAGUAA